UUCUCACUUCUCAUUCCGUAAAGUUUGUGUUGAUAAAAACAGACGAUGAUAAAAUUCGUGUUAUGUGUGCUGAAACCCCAUAAAUGUUUUUCUCUACCUUGAUUUUACACUAUACUCACAAAUUUCGAAAAAUAUGAACUUAGAAGCUUUGGAAUCCGAAAUUUCUGAGCUAGAAUCAGUUAGCGACUGUAUGCGUGUAUGCAAUUCGAAGAACUAUGUAGAUCAGUACGUGUCUGAUGUUGUGGAUUUCAGUUCUCAGUAUGGCAGUGACAUCAGUAUAUCGUAUUCUGCUCAUAAUAUCCUCGGCAAACCAAGCAAAUUUCCAGCUUAUGGAGACUUUCCUCAGACAUUUGUGAUGAAAACUUAUGGAAAUUGGUGGAAUGAAGCCCCAUCCAGAUUGGAACCUAUUAUGCCUCAAAAUUUUAGCUCAGUCAGAAGUCAAGAUUACAUUGAUAUCGUCUUUGAAUGUAUCGUGUAUCCAGUUGCAAUAAAGGUUUUUGAAACUUUUAAUCCUGGUUCUGUGGUGAGGAUAUGGGCAGCCAGUGAGAAAUAUGAGUGGGCGUUGCUGUGGGAGGGACCCUCCCAAAAAGUGGAACAUAAAUCACGUGCCUUUCAACCUAAUUUGAGGUUUAUUAACUUUCCAACAAAUUUGCUACGUUUAGAGUUUGACCACUCCCUUUUAGACUAUUUCACGGAAAUCGACGCUGUUCUCUUCACUGGUUCAAGAGUCUCUUUCAAGAAUAAUGCUGUUAUAUUCAGUUUUAUUGGAUUAUCAGAUGACAUGGAGUCUUCGGAAAAUGAAAGCAGCUGUGAUUCUUCAAAUGAUAUAGUUCCAUGGAUUCCGUCCAAGCCUGUUACAGAUUUAACCACUAAUCUUAUAAAACGGAAUAUCCAUAUCAUACCCUCCCAGGUUGACAUUCCAACUGUCCUAUCUAAUUUCAUAACCAAAGACUUACAACCCUUGUAUAAAGAAUUCGAAAGCUCCAUUCUGGAAAUUGAAAAUUCAGAUAAUAAAAACAAAAUGGGUUCAUUUGGUAUACUGCCUGAUGAAACAAUCCUAAAUAUUUUAAGCUACCUAGAUUCAGUGUCCCUCUGCCAAUGUGCCAAAGUUAAUAAACACUUAAACUCCCUUGCAACAGACCCUCUAUUAUACAUAAGUUUAAACCUGAAGCCUUAUUGGCAUUGUAUCUCGUCUAAUUCCCUAAGAACAGUGUCAAGCCGUUGUCAGUAUUUGCAAAAACUAGAUCUCUCCUGGUGCGGCAACUAUGAUAAGAUUAAAUCUGAUCAUUUCUGUGAUUUCAUCAGUGAUUGUGGUAAAUCACUGACACACUUGCGUUUAGACUGUUGUAAAUUUGUCGACGAUAAAUGCAUCGUCAAAGUUAGUUCAGUGUGUGAGAAGCUGCGUGAAUUAUUGCUUCGAAAUUGCAACUUGAUCACGGCGAGAGGCUUCCUAUCUCUCUGCAGAAUUAACACUCUAGAAAGGCUUGAUUUCUAUCGCACUCGAAUAGAGGUUGACCCGUUGGUGAAAAUUCUUAUGGCGUCUCCGAAUUUAAAGCACAUCAAUCUUGGAUCGUGUAACCAAAUAGGGGUAAUGGACACCAUUGCUGAAACUCUAGGCUCAUAUAACAAGGAACUGAUCUCCAUUGAUCUGUGGAAGACGUACAACUUGACUCCUGCUGGUGUUCAUGCCUUAAGUAAAUGCUCAAAAUUACAAGAAGUUGAACUCGGAUGGUGUUUGGGCGUUAGUGGACCUGGGAAUUGCUUGUCAUCCCUGGCACUAGGUUGUCCUUCUUUGAAAAAGUUCUUUAUUGGAGCUUUACGUGGGAUUUUAGAUCGUGACCUGGAGCCUUUUCUCACCCAUUGUCCUCACUUGCAACAGGUCGAUUUUCUAGGAGUCAAAGGAAUUACAUCAGAUAUCUGUCUCAAGUUUCUGAAAACUUUCAAAGAACUUCGAUUGCUGGACCUGAGUUUUUGUGAUCAGAUUUCAGAAGCGGAUGUUACAUUUUGGAAAGAAAUGUUCCCCAACGUUUGCAUCAAACGAAGCUUUCAGAAUGACUGGUGGCAACCUUGAAAGCGUCAUUCUCGUUUUAUGAACUCAAAGUAUGAUUUUUAAAGAUUUUAAAAGUGUAUUGCUGUGAUAUAUCUCAGAAUCCUAGGAACCAGCAAAUCUAUUUAGGAACUGACAUGUUUCUCUUGAUGUAUCUUUCCUUUUUAUGAAACUUCAGUUCAGGGUCUGUGAGGUGGGGACAAAUUUUACUGUUCCAUUAGUUGUUUUUAUUUUGAUGAGCCUUUAAAAAAGCCUCCCUAAUUUUUCUCUGUAAAAUUUUUUGAAUGGGCCAGUUGCGCUGGUCACAGAAUUGUGUUUUGCUGCUUGAUUCUUGUAGAUUAGCAAAAAAAUAAGAUGUGUCCAAACCGCAACUUUUAUACGUUCAGUAUUAACCCAGAUAUCGCCCUUUGAAAAGUCAGGUUUUUGACGUCAUCCAUCGCGGCAGUGACACCCUUGGUUUCUAUCUCUUUUGUUCAAUCAGUUAUGCAGAGGGCGCAAUGCAAAACUUCAACGACAUCAAACGUAAACAAACUCGAGAAACAGACGGAUUCGCACUUCAAAAAUCUUCGUAUCAGAAGAUUAUACACUCGCCACGAAGAAGUUACGCGGUCAGCCAGUUCACCUCAGUUUGUUUAUGUUUAAUGUUGUUGAAGUUUUGCAUGGCGCCCUCUGCAUCACUGAUCAGACAAAAGAGGAAGAAACCAAGGGUGUCCCUGCCGCGGUGGAUGAUGUCAAAAACCUGACUUUUCAAAGGGCGAUAUCUCAGUUAAUACUGAACGUAGAAAGUUGCGGUUCGGACCGAUCUUAUAAUUUUCAGCUAAUCUACAAGAAUCAAAACACGAUUCUGUGACCAGCACAACUGGCCUAUUUAAAUAUAAUAAUUCAUCUAAAAAGUUUAUCUAGAAGAAACCUGUAAAUCGGAAUACCAAGUUUUUCUGAAUGUUGAUCAUGGUACUGAAUCCGUUAUCUGGACGUUGUGUUUUACAUAUAGCUUGAAACGUCUAAACAGUUAUGAAUGAUAAGGAUUCAGUUUUCUUGGGAAGAUGUGUAUUUUCAGCUAGUCGCUAGUCUAUUCUCUUUUGAAGAAUCGUAGGUUUCAUCCUGGAGCAGAUGACAGAGUUUUAGUCUCGCUCAUAAGAGAGCCCCUUAUUUUUUAUUGUACUUUGUUUUACUGUACCUUUUUUCAAUGUGCAAUGUAGCUGCCUUAUCCUGCAUUUUACCUAUUUUUAUUCUGUGUCAAAAUAGAAAAAAGUUCAAAUGAUAAAGGAAACCUUCAAGGUGGAUGAAACCUUGGGAAACCUUAAUAAAAAAAUGUCGAAACAAGAGGAAAGAUGGAAAGAAAAAAAAGAGUGAUGUUUUGAGCCAACUGUAUGACCAUUAUCAGCCAGAAAUCGAAAAAAUCAAUGGAAGGAAAUUAUUUUUAUACUAUUCAUUCCUUUGCUUAUUUAUCAUACUAUUAAGUAAUUACAGUUUUUAUUUUACUUUUGACUUUCGCAUGUAGUUGAUAGUGAGCAUAAUCAUAGGGGCCUAAAAUCUCCCAGUCUUGGUUCUCGAUACAUUUAUCCUUCAAUCUAUUUUUUCUCUUCACCUUGAAAAUUUAGGCCAAGUUGUAAAUUCUGUAAUCAUUGUGCGUAAAUAAUUGCACAGUUCUGCCUCCGUUAUCGGACUGAAAUUUGCAUUUUACUUAUUUUCAACUCUAUAUUUUUCUAUUUUAGUCACUCAACUUGGCCUAUUUCUUUUCCAAUCAAUUGUGAUAGGUGUAAGUAAGUUUCAAACUUUCCAUUAAAGUAGUCGAAUUCGUGGCUACUCGUGUGAGACCUUAAACAAAUUCAGGUAAAUUAUACUGGAAUAUUGAGGAUGAACGGUAACAGAAACAAAAGCAAGGAAUCAGACCCAAUGAUCAACUGACAAGAGUGAAGAGCAAAUACAGUAAAAGUUCGUCAAGUCGAAUUGUCAGGGGACCAAUGAAAAUUUCGACAUGAGUGGCUUAGCAGUUAGUUAUUUGACUUACUUUUUUCUCUGUUUAACUUGCAAUUAGCGUGAAAAUCGUAGAAAUUCGACUCAAGCCGCAAUGCUGCCGCUCUGUGAGUUCUCUCCGGCAUCUUCCGCAUAGAGGUGCGUAUGCUGAGAGCGAUAUGAAGUAAACAGAUCAAGCAUGUCAGUAUGAAGUCGACUACAAUGCAAUAGCCAGCUUUCAAAAUCUAGAAUCAUUGCUCAUAUCGGGAUACAUCGACAGAAGCAAACUAAACUCAAUUAUUUUUUUGUGAUUUCUUCUUAUGCUUUUUAAAUUUUUAACUACUUUAUGUUUCGAUUUUUGGAAUUUUUAAAAUUCUUUUUUUAAUUUUUCUACAUUUAAUCAAAUCUCAAUCAAGAGUGAAUUCUUUCGUCAAUGUUGCUUAUUUUCUGCAUUUUUUCUCGUAAAAACCAGACAAUUUUCCGGAUUUUCUGAGGAAAAAUUUCGAUAGAAGCUGCUUUUUACUAGAAACAAAAAAUCUUUAAUUCGACUGAAGCACUGUUCUUUAACUUUGUUCCUCAUAGGAGCGUCCCGUGACCGAAGAAAAUUUUGACUUAAGCGGAUUUUCAUCAUAAGCGUCAUUCGACUUAACGAACUUUUACCUUAUUAUUAUUUCAGUCUCGACUAGAGAUAUUGAGGUUAGGGUCCCUUUUCUAGAAUCAUAUAGUGCCAAAAUUGAGUUGAAUUGAAAAUGGUUCAACGUUUACUGUGAGUGUUGAUUCUUUCAUGUUAGAACACGGUACAGUGGAAAUCAUCGAACAAACUUCUUGAAAUAGGCCUCAUUUGGUUGUUAUAACCGAUGCAGUGAAUCAGUGGGAUAUCAGCCAAGGGACCAAAUUAGAUCCCGUUGUUUUGCCAGAUAUUUCAUUUUAAGAGAUGUCCUUGUCCAAUUUCCACUGUUUUUACAUAACGCAGCUUUUCAGCAGUUACAAGGGCAAUCUUGAAUGCAGUUUCAGUUGCCUCAUUUCUUUAUAUUCUUCCCGAGGUUGCUGCGAUCCGUAAAAAAUUAAUUGUGAACUCAGCUCACUCAGUAACUUCCGAAGAGGGAAACAAAUUUUCUGAUUUAAUUAAUUUGUUUUCUUUAAACAAUUUUUUGAUACUGUCUGAUCUAAGUUAAAUUCUAGUCCAACAGUUGUAAUGGUUUUUGUUCCCUUAUGUGAGGGUAGAAGUGCUUGUCAUCUGUCCCGUUUUUUGUUUUUAGUACUACGUAUUUCUCCCCGUUCCAUUAUCCCUCUGUGUUGUUCAACAUUUGAUUUCCAAUAGCAAGAGCAGUAUACAUUGGUUUGUGCAAUAUUUUUCUUUUUUUUUCUCAAAGGGUUUUGGUGCAUUUGUAUUUUCAUCUCCUCGACAGGGAUGAUAAGUUUUUGAUGUCUUAAAAUGUAUCAUUUUUCCGGUAGGGGUAAGGGUUCUCCAAAAUUUUCUCUUGCGUUUUCAAAACGUCUAUGUUUUAAGCCUUCUCCGCCGAUUUAAUUUUCACCAUCCCCAGUUAAAGUCUUAUGUUAAGAGGUUCAGUAAGUUUUCUCUCUGGUUUUCUGUUAACCAUAUUUCUUCCUCUUUAAAAAUUCAAUGACUGUUGAUUAGAAGGCCAGCUCCCUCACCAUUGAGUGACUGACUAAAUUCAGUAAAAAGACAAAACCGGGGAAAAUGAGUUAAGACAAAAUUUGAGGUGCAGAAAAUAUGCUGCUUCAUUGCCGAUCUGACGAAGUCAAUGAAUGAUGAAGAUACUAAAUGCAUGUGAAAGAAAACACAGUUGGUGGUUUUCAAGACAAAACCCAAGAAAAUCUAACUGAAUCCGAUGAAAAGAAACCACCAAACAUUUUCUGUUAUUCUAUAAACUCAACACCAUACUGUACUUUAUUUAUUCGAAUUAUAUGUGAAUAAAUAUUCUCCAUUUUCUUUCAA